AUGGAUUAUGAAACGCCAUCUACUUCCCAUGUAGAUAAUCAGUCACCCGUAGAUGACAUUGUGCAGAAUACAGAUUUAAAUAUUCCAGAAUGCCCAAUAGAACUUAAACCAUAUGUUGGUCGUAGCUUCCCUACUUUGGACAACGCAAUUGAGUUAUACCAGAACUAUGGGCGACGCGUCGGUUUUGAUACAAGGAAGAACGGUUCAAAGAAGGUUGAUGAUAUCACCUUAUGGUUUUACAUGGUGUGUAAUAGAGAGGGUGAACAGAAGUUUAACGAUCAACAACCCAAAAGACGACGCAAAUCAAAAAAAUGUGGAUGUAAUGCUUCUGUUGCUUUCAAAUUUGAUUCAGAUCGUGGUUACGUAAUUCAACACUUUAAAGAAGAACACAACCAUCCCAUGGUUGAUGUACAACACCACAAGUUCAUGAGGCUAAAUCGUCAACUUGAACCAGUGCAUCAAAAAUUUAUUUCAGAUUGUGCUGGAGCUAAUAUCGGGCCAUCUCUAACUUUCAAGCUGCUUACUGAGUUGAUGGGCGGUUAUGAGUCUGUUGGUUGUACUGUGUUGGACAUUCGCAACUAUACACGGGAUAUCAGAAGAUACGCUGAAGGAUGUGACGCCCAAAUGAUCAUAGAUGAGUUGAAGAAGAAGAAGGAAAAUUGUGAUGCCUUCACGUACGAGUAUGAAGUUGAUUCCCGGAGUCGUUUGAAUCAUUUGUUUUGGUGCGAUCCUAUUGCCAAGAUGAAUUUCUUGCAAUUUGGUGACAUUGUUUCUUUCGAUACUACGUACUCAACUAACAGGUACUCAAUGAUUUUUGCUCCGUUUACUGGUAAGGACAACCAUGGCCGUGCAGUGUCAUUUGGAGCUGGUUUGCUUUGUAGUGAGAGUGCGGAUUCGUUCUCUUGGCUUUUUAAUCAGUUUGUGAAAUGCAUGGGCAUACAUCCGAAGUUGAUAAUUACUGAUCAAGAUUUGGGCAUGAAAGUAGCUGUUGAAAAAGUUCUUGUGAAUACACGGCACAGAUGGUGUAUGUGGCACAUCAUGGCAAAGGUAGCUGAAAAGGUUCCUAAGUCACUUCUUGGAAAUAAUGAUUUUAAAAAGGAUUUGAAUUCAUGUGUUUGGUCUGAGUUGAUUGAACCUACUGAGUUUGAAGACAAGUGGAAGAAUGUGAUGGAGACUUAUGAUCUUGUUGGCUCUGAAUGGUUUGUUUCUAUGUUCGAAUCAAGAAGGUAUUGGGUUCCAGCCUACUUUAGGGACUUUCCUAAUAGUUCGUUGAUAAAGACGACAUCUGUUUCGGAGUCGCAGAAUAGUUUUUUCAAGAGGAGGGGAAAGCAAUUUACUGGUUUGAGCUUUGGGGAUCCGCGGUGGCUUGGUUUUAGUGUUCCUCCUCUGAUACACUGGUUGAACAAUAAAAGCCGUUUUAGGUAUGAAGUAUUUGAAAGCUGUGUAGGCAAUGGUAUACUACAAACAUCUAACCUUUUCCGUCAGUCGUUGCAGAUCCAGAUGCCCGAGUAUUCACCAUUGCCGUCGUUGAUUGUUGGAUUUUCCUGGUCGUUGCUUGGAGGAAUCGGGAUAGAUUGUCUGGGCUCGAGCGCUGAUUGUGGAUGGUCGAUUUAG